UCCCCGGAUCGUCUGCAACGCCGCCGCCCAACAUGGCGUCCGCACCGUGGAGGCGUCCGAUGUUCCGCUGCCUCUCGCUGCUCCUCCUCUGCUUCCACUGUUCUCAAGGGUUCAGCCGUGCGGCCCUGCCUUUCGGGCUGGUCAGGAGGGAGCUCUCGUGUGAAGGAUACGCUAUUGAUCUCCGCUGCCCGGGGAGUGAUGUCAUUAUGAUCGAGACGGCCAACUACGGACGGACCGACGACAAGAUCUGUGACGCCGACCCGUUCCAGAUGGAGAACGUCAACUGCUAUCUCCCCGACGCCUACAAGAUCAUAUCGCAAAGGUGCAACAACCGUACGCAGUGUGUGGUUGUCACUGGCUCUGAUGUCUUUCCUGAUCCAUGCCCUGGCACCUACAAGUACUUAGAGGUCCAGUAUGAGUGUGUUCCCUAUAAAGUGGAGCAAAAAGUCUUCAUUUGUCCCGGGACUCUGAAGGGCGUAGGCGACGCCACCUUCCUGUUCGAGGCCGAGCAGCAAGCGGGGUCGUGGUGCAGAGACCCGCUGCAGGCCGGGGACAAGGUCUUCUUCAUGCCCUGGACGCCGUACCGCACCGACACCCUCAUCGAGUACGCCUCGCUGGAGGACUUCAAAAACGUCCGGCAGACGACCACCUACAAACUGCCGCACCGCGUCGACGGCACGGGCUUCGUGGCCUACGACGGCGCCAUCUUCUUCAACAAGGAGCGCACCCGCAACAUCGUCAAGUUCGACCUGCGCACGCGCAUCAAGAGCGGCGAGGCCAUCGUCAACAACGCCAACUACCACGACACGUCGCCGUACCGCUGGGGCGGCAAGACCGACAUCGACCUGGCGGUGGACGAGAGGGGCCUGUGGGUGAUCUACGCCACGGAGCAGAACAACGGGCGCAUCGUGGUGAGCCAGCUCAACCCGUACACGCUGCGCUUCGAGGCCACGUGGGAGACGGCGUACGACAAGCGCUCGGCCUCCAACGCCUUCAUGGUGUGCGGCGUGCUCCACGUGGUGCGCUCCACCUACGAGGAGAGCGAGAGCGAGGCCACCCGGAGCCAGAUUGAUUACAUCUACAACACCAAGCUGAGCCAGGGCGAGUACACCGACUUCCUCUUCCCCAACCAGUACCAGUACAUCACCGCUGUGGAUUACAACCCCCGAGACAACCAGCUGUACGUGUGGAAUAACUUUUACAUCCUGCGCUACGACCUGGACUUCGGGCCGCCGGAUCCCGCUGAAGUGCCAACUGGCGAGGGCUUCUCGGCCUCGCCGUCGGCGCCCAGGACCACGGUCGUCGCCACCACGGCGGCGUCCACCGCGAAGGGGCAGGUGGAGACCACCGCGGCGGGCGCAGAUCCACGCGAUGGGAGGGACCCGUUUGAGGAGAACCGGGGCCCGGGUACGGUGGAGCCCACCGCCCCCGAGCUGCCGCCGACACCCAGGCGCUUCUGCGAGGAGACCAGGAGGAGAGCCAUCGACUGGCCCCAGACCCACACUGGGAACAGUGUGGAGAGGCCCUGCCCCAAAGGGACCAGAGGCAUCGCCUCCUUCCUCUGCACCGUGGCCGGGAGCUGGCUCGCCAAAGGCCCGGACCUCAGCAACUGCACCUCCCACUGGGUGACUCAAGUGGCGCAAAAGAUCCGAAGUGGCGAAAAUGCUGCUAAUUUAGCCAACGAGCUGGCGCGCCACACACAGGGCCCGGUGUUCGCCGGUGACGUGAGCUCCUCGGUGCGCCUGAUGGAGCAGCUCGUGGAUAUCCUGGACGCUCAGCUGCAGGAGCUCAGGCCCAGCGAGAAGGACUCAGCCGGACGCAGCUUCAACAAGCUUCAAAAACGAGAGAAGACAUGCAGGGCGUACAUGAAGGCAAUUGUGGACACCGUUGACAACCUCCUGAGACCGGAAGCUCUGAAAUCCUGGAAAGACAUGAAUUCCACGGAGCAAACGCACGCCGCCACCAUGCUGCUGGACACCCUGGAGGAAGGGGCGUUCGUCCUCGCGGAAAACCUGAUCGAGCCGGCGAUCGUGAAAGUGCCCGCGGAGAACAUCAUGUUGGAUGUGUACGUGUUGAGCACCGACGGGCAGGUGCAAGACUUCAGGUUCCCUCAGACAAGCAAGGGCGGAGCGUCUCUUCAGCUCUCCUCCAACACGGUCAAAGUCAACAGCAAAAACGGUGUUGCCAAGCUGGUGUUCGUGCUCUACAAACACCUGGGUCAGUUCCUCAGCACCGAGAACGCCACUCUGAGGGGCAUGGGGGACCCGAACAGACGCAACCUCUCCCUCACCGUCAACUCCCACAUCCUGUCGGCUUCCAUCACCAAGGAGUCCAGCCGGGUGUUCGUGGCCGACCCCGUCAUCUUCACGCUGGAGCACCUGGAUAAGGAGCACUACUACAAUCCGAACUGUUCCUUCUGGAAUUACUCGGAGCGGAGCAUGAUGGGAUACUGGUCCACUCAGGGCUGCAAACUGCUGGAGACCAACAAGAGCCACACCACGUGCUCCUGCAGUCACUUGACCAACUUCGCCAUCCUCAUGGCUCACCGGGGAAACGUGGGGGCGGGGAGCGUCCACGAGCUCCUCCUCACCGUCAUCACGCGGAUGGGCAUCGCCGUGUCCCUCGUCUGCCUCGCCAUCAGCCUCUUCACCUUCUGCUUCUUCAGAGGUCUGCAAAGCGACCGCAACACCAUCCACAAGAACCUCUGCCUCAACCUCUUCAUCGGCGAGCUCGUCUACCUCGUGGGCAUCAACUUGACGGAACCGAAGCUGGUGUGCUCCAUCAUCGCCGGCGUCCUCCACUUCUGCUUCCUGGCCGCGUUCGCCUGGAUGUGUCUGGAGGGCGUGCAGCUCUACCUCAUGCUGGUCGAGGUGUUCGAGAGCGAGUUCUCGCGCAGGAAGUACUACUACGUCUCCGGGUACCUCAUCCCGGCGGUGGUGGUGGGCAUCUCGGCCGCCAUCGACUACCGGAGCUACGGCACGCAGAGGGCAUGCUGGCUGAGGGUUGAUAACCAUUUCAUCUGGAGCUUCAUCGGACCCGUAACCUUCAUAAUUGUGGUCAACGUCAUCUUCCUGGUGGUGACGAUGUUCAAGAUGGUGAAGCACUCCACCUCCAUGAAACCCGACUCGUCCAGGCUGGGGGGCAUCAGGUCGUGGGUGUCGGGAGCGUUCGCCCUCCUGUGUCUGUUGGCGCUCACGUGGACCUUCGGCUUGUUCUUCCUCAAUGAAUCCUCCAUCGUGAUGGCGUACCUCUUCACCAUCUUCAACACUCUGCAGGGGAUGUUCAUCUUCAUCUUCCACUGCCUCCUCCAGAAGAAGGUCCGCAAGGAGUACAGCAAAUGUUUCCGCCAGUCCCGGUGCUGCGGCGCGCUGCCGUCGGAGGGACCGCACGGCGGCGCCAAGACGGCCACGUCCCGGUCCACGGCCCGCUACUCGUCUGCGACCCAGAGCCGCAUCAGGCGCAUGUGGAACGACACCGUGAGGAAGCAGUCGGAGUCGUCCUUCAUCUCGGGAGACAUAAACAGCACCUCCACGCUCAACCAGGGGAUGACUGGCAACUACCUCCUAACUAACCCCCUCCUCCGAACCCACGACACUAACCCUUAUAACAACCUCCUGGCAGAAACCGUGGUGUGCAACACCCCCUCUCCACCCGCCUUUCACUCCCCAGGACAGCACUCUCUGAGCAACAGCAGGGACAUCAGUGCCAUGGACACCCUCCCCCUCAAUGGCAAUUUCAACAACAGCUACUCCCUGCGAGACGACAACUAUGAGAGCGUGGGCGUCCGAGCCCCGGGCGACCUGGGGGGCCUCCACCUGGACGACGUCGCCUUCGAGAAGAUGAUCAUAUCCGAGAUCGUCCACAACAACCUGCGGCCCCGCGGGGCCCCCAAAGGCCGCGACCACCCGAGGGAGCCGGACCGGGCCGCGCCUCCGCAGACCAGAGUGACCGUGGACCGGGUCGGGGGCGGCAGCGGCAGCGAGGACGACGCCAUCGUGGCGGAUCACGCCGAUGCCGCGUCCCCCCAGAGAGGGAGCGGAAGAGGAGGCCACGCCACCCUGGAGCUGCUCCUGCACCCCCACCACAAGGAGGUGCUGGAGGCCCCCCUCCUGCCCCAGAGGACUCACUCCCUGCUCUACAGCGCCCAGAAGGCCCCCAGGCGCCUGGAGGGGCAGGGCGGCCACGGCUCUGAGACUGUUACUGCAGCGGAGGACACGGGCUCCCAGUCGCCCAACAACAACAGAGACUCCCUUUACACGAGCAUGCCGAACUUGAGGGACUCGCCCUCGCCCUCGGCUUCGCCGUACACCCCGGAGGAGGAGGAGGAGCAGGAAGAGGAGGAGCUCUCCUCCUCGCCUCGAAGCGAGAGCGAGGACGCGUAUCACAAAAGCAUGCCGGAGCUCGGCGACGCGCCGCAGCCCCUGUCCUACUACCACAUAAACCGAGGCACCAGCGACGGCUGCAUCAUCCCGCCCAACGACGAAGACUGCGCGCAGGAAGGGGAGGCGCCGAGCGACGGACAAAUGCAGCUCAUUACCAGCCUCUGA